AUGUCUGGAUAUACCUCUAAAGAAUUCGUUCAACUGACAUCGCCUGAAGAAGGAAACUGGCUUUCUCUUGGAAGGGCGUUGACCACGCUUCUCUGCCAAGGCCUUCGCCCGUUUAUAAAGCGAGAAACUGAGGUCUUCUAUAACAAUUUAAAGGCAGCAACUGCAGCUGGAGCCUGCACCUGUGUUUAUGUUCCGGGAAGAAAACCAAACCAGUACCAUGACAUGAGAGCCUGUCAGUGGGCGAAAGUCCUUCAAGGUUAUCACCUUGGCAGAAGGCUGAACUGGAAGCAAAGUGAUUCCAGCAAGUGGUCGGACCCAAAUAUUGGUCCCUGGGAGAUAGUGAAACUUUUCCUUCCGGAUGUCGGAAUUCAUACCGUUAUAGAAAGUGUGGACGACUUGGAAAUUACAAAUAUUCUUAAUUUAAUGUUCUGGUGCAAUCAUUUCCCCGUUCAGCGCCCACUAAUAAAAGAUGUUCGUGACAUUCGAAACACAAAAUGGGCUCAUGUACUGAAGUUGGAGUUGACCGUUGUGGAAAAGAAGGAUGCUUUUAACACAAUUGAGAAACUACUCAAAGAUCCAGCCCUGGCGAGUGAUGUUGAUGCCCAGAAUGCCUUGCAAGAAAUUUUAACUCUGAAAAAUACAAAAGAGGUGCACAUUUUCAGAGCAGAGGUUUUGAGCCAUUUUAAACAAGUGAUUCAAAUUGACAUAACCGGCCUUAAGAAUGAAUUGAAAAUGUUUAAAAAGGAAUCAAAAAAAGACCGAAAACAUCGUAAUCGUGUGGAGGGUCAACUUCGAAAGCUUCAAAACGCCCAAGAAAACUUGGAGAAAAAAACUAAAGGUGCCAUUUCCAUGCCACGCCUCGUCGCUUACCGUCUGCUUGCCUUUGGACGUUGCCUGGUCAGAAGUUCUACAGCUGUAAGACAAAAGCCAGUGUGUACUUUAUUGAAGUUCUUGGUCGUUUUUUGUCUCGUUGGCAUUUUGGAUGACAAGUCAUAUGAGGAUGGAUGUCCAGCGGAAGAGGUCAGUGUUCCAUUCGACACCAUGGAGUUCAACUUGACCGACUACUUAGCUGUGGCUCGUGAAAACUUCAUCGGUCGUCAGUGGUUAUACAAUGAGAUUGAGAAUGCCUUCCAUCCCCCAAAUACUGUCUCUGGCGUCAUGAUCGUCGGAGAUCCAGGAGCUGGUAAGUCUGCAUUAUCUGCCCAAUUGGUUUGUUCCCGUUCAUCAAGUCGCACCAUCCAUGAACAUAUAUUGGGAUACCAUCUCUGCAAACAUUCCGACAAAAAUACACAAAUUGCCGGCAAAUUUGUUCGUAAUUUGGCAGAAAUGAUAGCUCGGAGAAUCCCAGAAUAUGGUUACAUUGUCUCGAACAGCACCUAUAUUCUGCGAUCGCUGAAUACUGACUGUGUAACUAUUCAAGAUCCUGUAGGGUGCUUCGAACAAGCAGUUUUAUCACCUUUAAAAAGCCUGACAAAUGUGCCUAAGGAAAAUUGGUAUAUCGUCAUAGAUGCACUGGAUGAAUGUCUUACACAGACAGAAACAAGUCACAGCAUUGUCUAUUUGCUCAACAACAAGCUUCCUCGGUUUCCAUCCUGGCUGAAGCUUGUAAUGACAUCCCGUAAUGAAUCGAGUGUGUCCUUGAAUUCAGACAGCAUCGCAAAGCUAAGCAUCAACCCUGAGGACUCUCGAAACAUCGAAGACAUCGAACUGUUUUUGACUACAAUACUUUAUCGAGAUGGUCCACUACUUCACAGAGUUAAGACCUGGUUCGGUGAUAGCAGCGUAGAAAACACUGCGAAAUUGAUCGCUGCCUUGUUGCGGAAAAGUCAGGGAAAUUUCCUGUUCGUCAAAGAGAUGAUCCAUCACUGGGAGACCACAAGAGUCAAAAGAAAAGAUCUUUAUGCACUGCCUGAAACAUUAGGGGAAUUAUAUCACAGCUAUUUCCAAAGAUUAUACGAUACAAGAGAGCAAUUUGAACCUGUGCGUCGGGUGUUAGAAUUACUAGUGUCAACGUUUCAUCCAAUGACGCAGCGUGAAAUUUUUGACGUACUCAAAAUGAAUGAAAAACACCUGGAAGAAGAUUACGACUUUCGAGAUCGCAUGAAAGAACUCGGGCAUUUUGUUCGAUAUGGAAAGAAUAACACAUUGACGCUGUAUCACUUGUCUCUAACCGAGUGGCUUACAAGCAACAGCAACAAAAACGACCCAUCAUUCUAUGUCAGCAAAAAGAAAGGUCACGAAGUUUUUUGUGAUUACUAUCUCCGGCUUAUUAGUGAUGGAGGUAAAUCUGCGAUGUCAAAACAUAUUCUUACUUUAGCGCAACACAUUGCCUAUGGCGGUUGGAGGGAGGCAUAUGUUAAGGAAUUUCUCAAUUUUCCUUCGCAAGUUGUCAACUCAUCAGAUCCUGGAAAUAGUAGGACAUUACUGCACCAUGCUGCUACGAUCAAUAGCACAGACGUAUUAGAACUAUUGCUACGCCAUUUCAGUUGCAUAGACUGUGCUGAUAAGCGUGGAAUGACACCUGCAUUUCUGGCGGCUGAGCAUGGACUUGUUGACAACCUUGCUCUACUGGUGAGGAAGGGAGCUAGAAUAAAUCGUAAAACAAAGUCAGUAACGACCAGGUACACGCUUAAUAGUAAAGACACGUCUAAGACACACGAC